GCAUUUAGCUCCUUCCACAUUUCUUUGGUUCUGUUUGCUAGAACUUCCUUUUACCUCCUGAAUUUGCAUGUGCUGGCUUCCUGUUUUUUUGGUCCACUCUGUUCCUUUCCCCUUCCUUUUGCAUAAUUAUGCAAGGGCUAGGCAGGCUGGGAUACAAAAUUCUGUUUCUGAUUAAGGGGUAGGCAGCUGCAGUAAGGAUGGGAUUGAAUGAGCUGGUCCUAAUUUUUUGUCUGGCUCUUCCUAUGUUCACUUGCAGCCUUGAUCUGCCAAAGCAAUAAAACCUUUUCAUUGUCAGUGUUGUACAUGUUGCCCUUCUAAGUGUGCUACAAUCUGAUUUGCUUCCUUAAUGGCAUCAUGAAAUCACUGAGGCCGAGCAAGUUGGGGAAGUGAGUGGGGAUUUUAACCUCUGUCCUUUUAACUACGUUGUCUUCCUGUGCAGUAAAUUGGAUUUUUCCUACUCUUACUCCACCUUUGGUUGAGGAAUGGCAUAUAAACAUGUCCACUUUAAAGCUCCAAUAUAUUAUAUACCAUUUUAUCUCUGCUUCCUCCUUCCAAGCAGUUUCUUCCCUUACCACUCAGUCCCAUUAUAUCUGUGUGAAAGACCAAACUACACCCAGCCACAGGUGACAUUUGACUUUCCCCUGUCUUCUUCCAUUGGGAUCUGUGAGGAACCUGCUAAUGCUUUCUCUUCCUCCCUUAAUCCCCUUCCCAUUACAGGAGAGCUAUGUAUGUGGGUGUGUCUUUGAACCCCCUAAUGCACAGGCCACCUAAUGUCUUUUCACUGAUUUCCACAGGGUUCUGCCCUCCCUCUUCUAUGUCCUGUUUAGUGUUUACCUCUAAGCCAGUUCUCUCUUCCUCUCUCUCCCUUCCCCAGCAGAGAUCAGGCAACCAGUAGGCUGGGAAGAGAACAGUUAAUGGUUAACACUCCUCUGUGGAGAAACGUGGCAGCAGAAAUUAGCUCAUUGCAGUUGUUGCUUUGCUAGCUAAUCAUCUCCAGGAAAUCUGGAUUUUUUUUCCCUCUUUUCUUCCCAAGCAUUUUAGCAACCAUCCUUCAGCGUCAGCUCAUGUUCCUUUCCAGAUAUUCUUAUCCAGUUCUACCUCGCUGUUAACAGAAGAGGCCAUAUUUGUCUGUUGGCAUAAAUGGUACUUGACCUUUGUAGCUGAGUUCUCAUACUGGUUAGGAUGGCAGUUUCAGGCUCACAGUGGCCUGUGUGGAAACAUAGAAGCAUGAGGGCUCACUCCAGUCCUUUGCAGUCACUCUUUAAACCUUUGUUAGCUUCUGAAUGAUUCAUUUGCACUGAUUCUGGGUGUGUGCGAGUUAAGCCUUCCUCCUUCAGGUUGGAGAGCAGAGGGCCCCCAGCUUCCUGAAUUCUGAUAGAGAAGGCACCCUAUAGCAACUGCUUUAACCCUGCCCACAUCCUUCCUAAAAGGAGGAGUCACCAUUCCAGUUAUCUGGGAGGGAGUGAAACUAUCACUCAGAGCUUCAAACUUCAGCAGAGCAGCGUGCCGUCCUCUCCAAUUCUGUUUCUGCCGCCAAACGGGUCUGACAGAGUGCAGGAGCCUUGCCAUCCUCCCACAUUUGGAAAUCAGAUCCCGGUAGAAAGAUUUUCCAUCCCAAGCAAUGAAACCUGCCAGAGAGACAGACAGCAAGCUCAUAACAUUGGAUUUGGGCUGUUGAUUGGAGUAAGAUAAAAGGUGGGCCAGAGGAAAGUUAAAUACCACUUAAUAGCAACAGAGAGUUCUUGAGCUGAACUUAUCUCUGUGUCAUGGGCCAGGAAUUGUUUCAACGAAGCUGGACUUUAUAAUGGGCUCGGGACAACAGUGUGGACAUUUUGACUUCACAGAGUGUGAGAUUAAGGAAGGAAGUUUGGUACCAAGCGUGUGACUAUAGCGAGAUAAUGGUGGCAGUGGUACAAGUUGAACUUUUAAAAGACUGGAACAUUUGCCUUAUUCGGAAAGAGAUUGCAAAGAACACGGCAGUCAAGCUUUAACAUGAAACAGAUUGCUCAAGGUUUCUGUCGGUGCUGAGGCUGGAAAAGAUCCAGCUGAUCCGAAGUCCUUGUACUCUUCUGUUGACUUGGCACUGCUAUAUUGGAUCAGGUUGAUGGUGAUGGUCUAACACCUAUUAGCGGGAACAACACAAGAAGACAGUGUUGGGGCCUGUGCCUGUGAAGGAUGGUGAAGAAAAUCAGCCUGGUUCUCUGGGGCGUGGUGCUUUUUGUGGCUUGGAAUGCCCUGAUUCUCUUCUUCUUGUGGACACGGCCUCAGUCUUUCUCAGACCAUAGCCACCUGACGGAAGAGGUCAUCCGAUUGGCCCAGGACGCUGAAGUGGAACUUGAGCGCCAGAAGGACCUCUUGCAUCAGAUCUACCGUUACAGUGCCCUUUGGACCAGGAGAAAGGCUGAUGAGGCCAAAAAGCACCACCUGUCAGCUGCUGCAGCGUCUGCCAAACCUUCCACAGCUGCUCCUUUGUCCCGUCGCAGUCAGAUCUCUCCAGAUGCUACUUUACCGGUGGUCGUCAUUGCCUGUGACCGCAGCACAGUCCGCCGUUGCCUAGACAAGCUAUUACAUUACCGGCCUUCAAAGGAGCGGUUCCCCAUCAUUGUAAGCCAGGACUGCGGACACGAGGAGACAGCCAGGGUCAUCGCCUCCUAUGGAGACGCUAUCAUGCACAUCAAGCAGCCUAACCUGAGUGAUAUUCCUGUACCCACUGACCACCGCAAAUUCCAAGGCUAUUACAAGAUUGCUCGGCACUAUCGUUGGGCUCUGAGCCAGGUCUUCCGGACCUUCAAGUACCAAGCAGCCAUUCUGGUGGAAGAUGACCUGGAAGUAGCUCCAGAUUUCUUUGAAUAUUUCCAAGCAAUCUUUCCACACCUGUUAGCUGACCCAGGCCUUUGGUGCAUCUCUGCGUGGAAUGAUAAUGGCAAGGAACAGAUGGUUGAUGUUGCCCACCCGGAGCUGCUUUACCGUACGGAUUUUUUUCCUGGUCUUGGCUGGCUUCUGCUUUCUGACCUAUGGGAUGAGUUAGAGCCCAAGUGGCCCAAGGCCUUCUGGGAUGAUUGGAUGCGGCAGCCUGAACAACGGCAGGGCCGUUCAUGCAUCAGGCCCGAGGUGUCCCGCACUAUGACUUUUGGCCGCAAGGGUGUGAGCCAUGGUCAGUUCUUUGACCAGUACCUGAAGUUCAUCAAGCUCAAUGACCGCUUCGUGCCUUUCACCCAGAUGGACCUAUCUUACCUCAAGAAGGAAGAGUAUGAUCGCUCUUUCCUGGCCCAGGUCUAUGGGGCCCCUGAGCUGCGAGUUGAGGAGCUACAGGGUAACCAGCGCCGGGAAUUGGGUACAGUCCGAGUGCAAUAUACCACUCGGGACUCUUUCAAGGCCUUUGCAAAAGCUUUGGGCGUCAUGGACGACCUCAAGUCGGGAGUGCCCCGUGCUGGCUACCAGGGCAUUGUCAGCUUCCUUUAUCGAGGGCGGCGUGUUUACUUAGCGCCUCCUUCGGACUGGACAGGUUACGACCCCAGCUGGAGUUAGCAGCUGUUGAUCCUAAGCAUGUUGGACCUUACAAGGAAAGGGGUGCUGGGGUAGGGUGGGUGGGUGGACAAAACUCUGUAUUUUUUUUUUCUUCCUGUGUGGCAUUCGAGUGCAUUCCAGGGGUGAGGGUUGCUUUGUGCACUUAAAAUAUGAGGGUUGGAGGGGUCUGUUGUGGAGAUGAUUCUAAUGCCCCCAAAAAGAUGGGGUGAGGUGGAGCAUUCUGGGGUUUCUCAGUUCUGCCUCCCUAGUGCCUAUUCUACUCCUUGACAUAGCAGUGUGUUCACUCAGUUGGUUCUUUGGUAGCUUCUCCAAAUGGGUGCAUUUUAAGACCAAAGUGGCAAAACCCACUGAGGUGUCUCCAGCUACCACAGGCUCUGGGUGGCUUCUGAACCAGCAUGCCAGAUGGAGCUCAUCAGCUUAUGGUGUGGCCUGUGAGGGGCUCAAUAACUCACCCGUUUGUAUUUUAUGAUUUCAUGGAAAUGAAAAUGAUUGACUUAGAAAGCUCCCAAUAGCUCACUGUACAUAACUGGUCUACCACAUUCAGCCUGGUGGGUCACAAUUUCUGUAAGCUCAAAGUACAGGAAAGAAAUGCAGUCGUUUUCCCACGUCUUGGUUUGCCUGUUCUGUUCUCACUUGGCCUGGCCUGGAAGAUAGGAAAGUCUUAUUAAUGAGCACUGGGCCCAUUUAGAAGGACUAUUUUAAUUGACCAUAUUGGCCUUUAAAAAUGGGUCUCUUGGAUAAUUUAUAUCUUUAGCCCUAUUGGAUUGGACAUUUGAGAAAAGAUGCAUAUGCUGAUUCAAGUGACAUGAAGAUCGCUCUGGAGAUGAUGAGGCAAAGUAAGAAAUUCUGGCUUGCAUUUACCAGUAACAGUAGGGUAAAAUGGAAGGGAAUAGCAUGGAAUUGUGUUAUCUUUUUUACAGAACCAUAGUGAGACAUGGUAAUAAAACAUUUUGGACUGCAGUUCCCAUUAUGUCCCUGUGCUGGCAUGGCUGAGGGAUUCUGAGAAUUGUAAUCCAGAAAGUGACAUUUUGGACCUCUGUCUUGUCUUUAGCCUACACGAAAUCUUGAAGAGAGGCAGACAUUUUCUUCCACUCGCCCAGCUAAAAGAGGGACACGAUGGUUGCUCAGCAGCUCUCCUCUCAGCCCUUGCCAAACUGCUUCCUUCGACUCACAGAAAGCCUAAAAGAUGAUGGACAUUGUAGUAUAAGUCCAAUGAAGGAUACCAGGCUGAGGGAGACUGACCCAAAGCCUUAAAACUUGCAGGUGGAUUAUGCUUGGAAACACAAAAACGUACACUCCUUGCAUUUGCAAAACUCGCACAGUGAUGCAGAGGUCUUAGGCUUCUGGUUGAUGUAUGUAUAGAAGCUAGCAGACUUUUGGGGCCCCAUUUGGAGACUGAGGUGGUAUUGGAUCUGUUAUGAUGAAGCCACUUUUCUCAGCUGUGUGCUGGACUACAGCUCCUAUGUUGUACAGCAGUGUUUUUCAAACUCUGUUUCUCCAGAUAAGCUGGCUGGGAUUUGUGGGAGGUGAAGUCCAAACCACCUGGAGGAGCAGGGUUUAAAAAACCUGUUCUAGAUCAGGUCUGCACAACCUGUGGCCCUCCAUAUGUUUGGGCCUCUCACCUCCCUAGCCUAGACAGCUUGUUGAAUGGUCAGGAAUUCUGGGAGCUGAAGUCCCACAACCUGGAGGGCUGCAGGUUGUGUAGGCCUGUUCUAGAGCAAGGAGUUUUAAUUGAACCCAUUUGGAUUGCACCAGGUUGCAUUCAGCUAGAGCUUCUUCACCUUUGUUCUCAGUGUUUUUGGUGGCCCAUUCUUAUAGGAUAUUUAAGAGAAGAUGCUGGUUUAAUUAUGGCCUAUCAGAGAUGCCAUGUUUUUUCUUCCCAAGUGAGUCAACAUUUCCCAUCCACCCUCCCAGGCUGCCUUAAUUCCUUUUUGGGGGAAAGGCUUUUUUCCUUCCUAAUAUUUGAGCUUCAGAACAUUCUGUCAUUUCAGUGGCAUUUACCAGAGCAUAGAAAAUGUGGUUUUUAAUAUUAAAAAUCCAAACAUUCCCUAGCUAACCAGCCUAACCUCUGGGGAUUGUAGUCCGAAAAAAAAAGGGGGAUCACCACCACCACACACAAAUGAGUUAUAAUAUUGUUGCUGCCAUAUGAGAACAGGACACUGCUGUGUCUGGGAGGAUUGAGGCAGGAGGGGAAGCAUUCCUGAGACGACAGCAGAAUGUGCCACAGAAGGGGCUUUCUUGAAAAGGAGCCCAGCCUUACUCAGUGGUGCAGACUCCCCCUUGCCCAUCUUUGCCUCUGAGGUGCUGCAGAGCUUCUCUACAACCACUUUACUCACAGCAGGCAUUGAGAAAGGACUUCAGACCUCACUUGGCCAAAAUUCAGACCACACCAAAGGGUAGUAUUUUGUUGGUUCCAAUGCUGUAUUACUUUUAUGUGUCAUUUUUUUUCUAAAGAAAAAACAAAAAUACAUACUACGCUCUCCUUGGUGAGUGGAGGAAGAACACUUCUCUUUGCUAAUUUUAGUUAAGAAUUUCCUUCCUGGGUCAGGUUUAAGUGAAAUGGGUGUCAGAGGCCUUCCUUUCAUGUCUCUGUUCUUCUAGUCGGUGUGGAUGAGAAGACAGGAGAUGGUGCCUUGGGGGACAAAAUGAAAUGGUUUGAUGUAUCUGCUUUAUUGUGUUUUGGAAAACAGCAGUGAUGCAACGCAGCCCUUAGAUGUGUUGGGGAGACACCUGUUCUGCUGAAGAUCCUCACCUUGAGGUUUUGUAAUUUUUUUUCAAAGUGAGGUGUUUUGGAUUCUCUCAGAGGAAUUCAUCUAUGAGGGAAGACAUAUUUGUAAAGUUUCUGGGAUGAGAAUAAAGCAGGCAGGAAUUCAUUUGUAUGUGAUAUUGCCCAAUCCAUGGAAAGCAGCCCCCCUUGUGCCCCCAAUUUCUCCUUCACUGGGGGCAGGGGUGCUACUAGCAGAGGCUUGGGGGCUCAGCUUAGUGGAAGAAAUUGAGUUUUGGGACAUUUUUGCCAGGUGAGGCCAAACCAUUUUAGUCCCCAGAGAAGUCUUUUUUUGCAGCAGCAGCAGCAGCAGCAGCAGAAACUUCUGUUAACUUCUCUUUGAAACUAAAAUUGGCAAGAAGGCAUUUUGAAAGUAAAAACCUUAUUUGUCCCUAGUUAGCCCUCUGGGGCACAUGAAUUUGAUAUGAUGUACCUUGUUAUCCUCUGUCCUGAACAGUUAGUGGGAAAAUGAUCGCUCACAGGUCAAAUGUUGGUCCUCCAAGGCUUUUGCUUAUUCCUUGAAUGCUGACUGGGACAUACGGAAGUUGGAAACUCGGAGCUUGAGAACAUCUACCUUAUAUGUUAGGAAGAUGGUAAAGCAUAUGAUGAUAGUGCAUUUGAUUCCUUUUGCACAUUCGUUUGGCCCUUGUCCCUGCUUUUGAAAACUGCCUAAUUCAAACAUUGCCAAAAAAAAUUGAGGUUGGAAGUUGUGGCAUAUAAGGAAAAGACAAAUCUAGGGUGCCAUCACCUUUGACUACGUGUUCAGACUGAUUCCCGCUGCAGAUAAAGGAACACCUUAGAGGAUGGGCAGCCCUUUUUAGUAGAAGAGAGCUAGUGAUUUCAAGGGAAAGAGACGAAAGCAACAUAUGCUGUUCCCUCUUCCCUUUCUGUCCUCUUGGACCCAGGCAAAAAGCCACAGCUGCUGGAGAGGAAGAGGGGAAAGCACUGCUGGUGAUGCAUCAUUUCUUCCCUCCCUAAAGUGCUCCAAAUUUGCCUGUAUCUCUGCCCUUCUUCCUUUAAUCUAGGCAGAAGUUAGGAGCAUACAUCUGUACAUCUCUGUACAUCCUUUCCAGUGAAUGGAGAGUGUUUUAAGGCAGUAACCUUCACGUCCUGCACAAGGAGUCUGACUCGAGGAUUUUUUUCUGUCUUGCUUGGAUCCCACAGAUCUGUGUAACUACCCGUACCACCUGUUGCCUGAUUAUUUCUCUCUCUUGGCAUGUCAUCUGUGUUUGUCUUUUGCCCAAGUUCACAGGGCUACUGCUUCUCUUUCUGAUCUGGAUAACAAAUUAUUCUUAAGGGAGCCAGCGGAGACCCAAGGGCCAAGACUAAGGGUUUCUGUCAAGGAGAGCCCACCAGCAGCCGCUGCCCCCUCUCCCCUCCGCCCCCAUCCCUUUCCACACACAGAAGUCUGUUUUGAGAUUUGAACUAAAUAUACUCCGGGUGCAAGCCAGGAGCUAUUGCAUUGUGUUUGAUGGAGAGAUGCUGUUAUUAUGUCCAGAGUUCAAUUAGUGAGAAAAAAAAUUAAAGAUGCAAAAACUUAUUUUCCACAAUAAAAUAAACUGGUCCUUUUCAGACA